AUGGCAAUUUCAGACUGGACCAUCAUUGUAUAUUACGACUUGCAACCAUAUUGGAGUGACAUGAGAGUAUUGGCUGCCGGGAUAACUGAACUCAAGCACAAGUGUUCAGAAUUACAAAACGUCAAUGCAUGUAACUCUAUAUAUGCACACUUUCUGCACGUACAUGCCGAAUUGCAAGCCGGAAAUGAGCUUAUUAACCACUCACGGCAGCGAAGAUCACCGCUAGAUAUAGUCGGUAAUGUGGCGAACUCAUUAUUUGGCGUGCUGGAUUCCAAAUAUGCUGAAGAUAUGUCCAAGGUCAUAAACGAUGUCAAAUCAAACGAGGACGUACUCAUGAUGCUAUUGAAGAACCAAACAUCAAUCUUGGAUUCCACUAUAAAUGUGGUAAGGAAAAGCAAUUCAGCUACCAACGACCGCAUACGAAACAUAGAACAACAAAUAGAUGCUCUCACCAGAGAACGAGGAAAAUAUCAAGGCAAUUAUCUGCAACAAGCAUUCAUGAUCCUGACAGCCCAGCUCACUCUACUGGCAAAUGGAAUGCAGCGAAUGCAAAAUGAGAUAACCAACGUCCUUACCGACAUUCGCCACCGAACAAUUAGUCCCAUGCUAGUUUCUCCCCAACAAUUAAGGGAUCAACUUGAUCAGAUUAGGGAGCACAUCCCACCGGAUCAACAGCUGCCAGUCUCUUCAAAUGACGUAAUACAACUCUAUCGAAUCAUGCAUGCCGAGGGAACAACAACCACUGACCAUGUUAUCUUCAAAAUAACGCUGCCAUUAGUAUCCACAGCGCAGCAAGAAGUUUUCAGCGUCAUCCCCAUCCCUGCAUGGAAGGCAGGAAGCUGGCAUGAAUUCAAGCUCAAAACAAGGAUCAUAACUGUCAAUGCCCAUAGAGAUCAAUUCAUGGGACUAACUACUGACGAGUUUGAUCAAUGUCUACAAUUGCCAAAGGAUGAACACAUAUGCGUCAAUCAUCAAGCUACGUUUAGCGUAGAUAAUCGAUGUGAAUUUCAGUUGUUCAAUAACAAGACUGAAACGGAAUUCCGAUCGAACUGCAGGCGGUAUGCACGGGAGUUCCCUCCACAGUACAAAUGGAAGGAACAGGCUUACUAUCACUCGCCGCAGGUUGCACGGCACGCAACUCAAAAAUCAGCGUUAGUACAUGUAGCACAAGCCGCAGCGAGACAAAAGCAGCAUAUGUUCGUUUUGGCAACAUCACCAAGAUAA